AUGGACAUUCUGGGUGCAUGUGCGACGAUCGGAGUAGUAAGCAUCACGGUCGGGAUGUCGGUCAAGAUGCUCCUCUCCCACACCGCCGCAACCGUCACCGCCACCCACAAACUGGUCAACUGGGCAAAGCUACCUCUAGCUCUGGCCACCAUCUCGUUCGCGUAUGGAGGCAAUGUGAUCUAUCCACAUGUUGAACAGUCGAUGCGGUACCCUCGCCAGUGGACAAAGGCCCUCUGGUCGGCGUUGAUGGUUUGCUUUGUGAUGUAUAUCUCGAUUGCCUUUGCAGGUUAUGCGGCGUUUGGACAUGAGACUUUGAGUCCUAUCCUUCGGAACCUGCCCUCAGGUACUGUAUAUCAUCUAAUACUCUUUUUCGCGUUUCAGUGA